AUGGUGCUGCCCCCCUGCCCCAUGGCGGAGUUCGUGGUGCCGCGGCACAGCGCGGUGAUGGAGCGGCUCCGCCGGCGCAUCGAGCUCUGCCGGCGGCACCACAGCGCCUGCGAGUCCCGCUACCAGGCCGUCUCCCCGGAGCGCCUGGAGCUGGAACGCCAGCAAACCUUCGCCCUGCACCAGCGCUGCCUGCAGGCCAAGGCCAAGCGGGCCGGCAAGCACCGGCAGCCGCCCCCGGCGCCGCCGCCGCCUGCGCCCCCUCCGCCCGCCGCUGCUGUCGCGGGAAGCGCCGACAGGACCGGAGCCAAUGGCCUGGACGCCGAGGCGGCGAGCGGCGAGCAGCACGGCCGCAGCAGCACGUUGAUCGCGCAGCUCCAUGAGACUGUGAAAAGAAAGCUUGAUAGUGCUGCUUCCCCUCAGAAUGGAGACCAGCAGAAUGGCUAUGGUGAUGUAUUUUCUGUGUCCAAGAAACUGCGUCGUGAUGAUGGUCUUGGUGGAGUGAGUGGUUCUUCCAAUGGAAUGCCCCCUGUGUCUCCACUCCAUCAUCUUGACAAGAAAUCUGGCAGCGGAGAUACCUUACAACUUAAUGGAAAACAUCCGAUGGGGCUAGAUGGCAUCAGCAAGAAGUGUCUUCCAGAUUCCAGCCUGCAAAUGAAUGGAGGUGGUGAUGCUGAUGACUCAUUUCCUCUGAGUUUGAACAAAGAGCUGAAGCAGGAGCCCGUAGAUGAUCUUCCAUGUAUGAUUGCUGGAGCAGGGGGAUCUAUAUCUCAGAAUAACUUGAUGCCUGAUCUUAAUCUUAAUGAGCAAGAAUGGAAGGAACUUAUUGAGGAGCUUAAUAGAUCAGUGCCCGAUGAAGACAUGAAGGAUCUCUUUAAUGAAGACUUUGAAGAGAAAAAAGAUGCAGAUUCUUCAAAUUCAGCUGCACAGACUCCAUUGCCACAAGAUAUUAACAUAAAGACUGAGUUUUCCCCAGCACCCUUUGAACAGGAACAGAUGGGAUCUCCCCAGGUGAGAUCCACUUCAUCAGGUCCAGCAUUUAUUGGUGCUGCUUCUGUACCUGUAAGUGCCGCCUCUCCAGUGGUUGGUAGUUCUCAGGCUAUGUUUCAGCCUUCUGGUCAGUCAAUGACUGAAAAUCCUAAUCAGCCCAUGAUGCAGGCAUCAAACCACUCUCAGAACGUCCAGAGGCCUCUCCCCAACGUGUUGUUAGCUGGGAAGGGUGCAGGAAGUGCCAAAGAAAUGUCUUCUGCUCAUCAACUUCAGCAGAUUGCUGCCAAGCAGAAGAGAGACCAGAUGUUGCAGAGCCAGCAGCAAGCUUCACAAGUCCACCAGACAAAUCAGAUGUCUACAUGGCAACAGUCUGGGCCUUCUCAUAGUCCACUGGCUGUCCCAUAUACCAUGGAAAAUCCCACCAGCCCAUCGGUUUACCAGCCAGACUUCAACAAUCAGAAACUCAUGAUGCCUAAUAUGGGAAAUAAAAGCUCACCGAGAGCUGGAGGCAAUUACCACGUGAACAUUUUGGGUCAUCAGCAAAACAGCUUGAACCAGAACCCUGUGAACAGUCAAGGCUCUAUGCUAGACUAUGGGAACACCAAACCUCUUUCACAUUACAAAGCAGAAUGUGAACAGGGGGUUACAGUACCUGGUCAGAACAAGACUCCCAUGUUGGCAUACAUACAACAGCGCCAGCAGCCACCGCUGUCUCAUGUGAGCGAUGACCAAAAUGGGAUGAUCCUGUUGAAACCCAAGUCUGGAAACAUUGCCUACCGACUACCACACAGUCAGGAUCAAACCCCUUCUCCUAACGUUCCUCGCGUUCCUGUUUCUGUCCCGGGCCCUGGCGUGGGUGCCCAGGCUCCCAAUGUCUCCAUGGCAGGUAACCACAGCAACCCACCUUAUCUCAGCAAUCAGCAGCAAGCAGCAGUGAUGAAGCAACACCAAAUGCUGAUGGACCAGCAGAAGCAGAGAGAGCAGCAACAAAAGCACUUGCUCAUGGAGCAACAGAAGCAGCAAUUCCUAAUGGAGCAGAGACAGCAACAUCUUCUGGCUGAGCAGGAGAAACAACGGCAGCAGCAAGAGCAACAGUUGCAGCGGCAUCUAACUCGACCACCUCCCCAAUAUCAGGAUCAACCGCAGAAUCCAUACCAGCAACAGGUUGGACAGUUCACAGGGUCAUCUUCAGCCAUGCCCGGGGUCAGUAAUUUAGGACAGUCCAGCUCCAGUAGUCCACGGAUGUUUCCUCAGACCCAGAACAUGAUUCAGAUGGGACCUGGACACAGUUCUGUUCCUCCACUCCAGUCGGGCUCCAGUCAGCAGGAUCGAGGGGUGACUCAGUAUACCAAUAUGCAAAACAUUCAGCGAGGGGGAUUAUACAACUUGGCAUCUGGUAUGACACAGAUGGUUCCCCAGCACGCAACUCAGAGUGCCAAUGGACAGCCACCAAUGCAGAGACAAGGCAGCUUGGGCCAGGGUGCUGCCGUUCCUGCUGGGUAUGGGCAGAAUACCUUAGCAAACUCAAGUAUUUCUCAGCAGCACAAUAAAGGUGCACUGAAUCCAACCUUAUCUAAGCCGCAGAUGGCAAGAGUACCAGCUGCUAUGGGGGCUCAAAAUCCAUCUUGGCAACACCAAGGUAUCCCUAAUAUUAACAACCAGACACAAGCGAACAGUGGCUUAGGACCAUUUACUGCCAGCUCCUCUUUCCACAUGCAGCAAACUCAUCUAAAGAUGGCCAACCAACAGUUUGCCCAAGGAAUGCCUCAGGUAAGCCUAAGCACCAGCAGACCGAUGACCUCUAUGAAUGCUGCCGUCUCUGGGCAGAUGUUGUCGUCAUCUUUAGGUGCGCAGCAGCGGACAAACCCACCUACACAACAGCAGGUACCCUCACAGCAAGUCUUGCCUGGCAUGAACCAGACCGUUCCAGAUCUGAAUGCUUUCAACCAGAAUCCAAAUCAGCAAAUGCCCAACAGAGGUAAUCUGCACUGUAGUCAAGGGUACCCUGUGAGGACAACCAGUCAAGAGCUGCCUUUUGCCUACAGCGGCCAGUCGGGCAAUAAUGGACUUCAGAACUUAACUGGUGACACAGAUCUGAUAGACUCUUUGCUGAAAAACAGGACUUCAGAGGAGUGGAUGAAUGAUUUGGAUGAGUUGUUAGGAACUCAUUAA